GGCCCGCGGGGCGCCGGCCGGGGAAGCGGAACUCAAACGGCGGAAGUCGGUCCGCUCCGAUUUCUGUCCGCCGCUCGGGGAAGCGCGGGCUGGCGCUUCUGCGCUUGCGCGUCCCGUGGGCCCAGGACGGGCGGACGGGCCUGCGAGCUGUUCUCUGUCGAGCGCUGCGGCUUGGGCGUCCGCGGGCAGUAAUUAUUGUUGAGCCGGAGACAUGGUUAGCAUCCCUUCCUAAGAAAGCUGUUACUGGACGGAGCUGUGCGGUCUGUCUUUCAGCUGUCCGGGACUGCCAGCUGCCUGAGGACUCCCGACGGUGUGCUUCGCGUUGGUGCUGCAUAAGCGGAGGGGAAGAUGAACCCGCCGAACCCCUUUGGGGCGCCGCAGCCCGGGGGUUUUGCAGCCUCUGCUGGUGGUUCCGGGGGACCGUUUCAGGCCAAGGCGCCAUUCCGGUUUGGUCAGCCUUCUCUGUUUGGACAGAACAACUUGUUGUCUGGCAAGAGCACAGGCUUUUCCCAGGAGUCCAGCCAGUCCUCGUCCGCACCAGCCUUGGUGUUCCCCCAGAGUUCAAAUACAGGACUGUUCUCUGGACUUGAGCACGCUCCUGUCUUUGCAGCUGCUUCCAGCCCUUCUACUUCAUCUGUCCCUGGAAACACGGGGUUCAGUUUUAAAUCGUCCCCCAACCCUGAAGCUUUCCUGAAUACCUCUGCUUUUGCACCAGAAGGCGGGGAAGUGCCUGGCCCUGGCUUUGGAAAAACAGAAUUCAGCUUUAAACCUUUGGAAAAUGCGGUCUUCAGACCGAUCAUGGCAGCGGAGUCCGAGCCGGAGACGUCCCAGAGCCAGGUCACCUCUGGGUUUUUCACAUUUUCCCACCCAGUCAGCAGUGGCCCCGGGAGCGUGGGCCUUUUUUCUUUUCCUCCUGUGACCAGCAGUUCAUCCACCAAUUCCAGUUUCACGUUUCCAAAGCCACUUAACAGUAGCAGUUCAUCGUCUGCCUUCCCUCCUGCCUUGUCUGGCCAGCAUGCAGAGGAAGAGAGAGGCCCGAAGCCAGUGUUUGGAAGCUGUGGCAGCACCUUCUCCUUUCCCUCCGUGUCUGUCGGGGAGCCCUUCUCAGGCAGUAAGGCGGGCAUCAGGCAGGGCUGUGAGGAGGCUGCUUCCCAGGGGGAGCCACUCCCUGGCCCUGUGAAAGGCGUGAAGAGGAAGGAGGACCAGGACCGCUCUCCCAGGAGACAUGGCCACGAGCCCUUGGAGGACUGGGAUCCUCUGUCCCGGGGUGACCACCCCCCAGACAAACGGCCCGUCCGCCUGCAACGACCCCGAGGGGGCACGUUGUUUGGUCGCACAAUACAGGACGUUUUCAAAAGCAAUAAAGAAGCAGGUCGUCUAGGAAACAAGGAGCCCAGAAAGGACACCGGCUUUGUGGGAUCCGGGGAGAGUGACCACAUGGCCGUCCCAGGAGGGGGCCCAUCUAUAUUGGCACCUUCCCGGCUUGCAGGUGCGAAUAAGGAGGAAGAAGUGGAAGGCAGGGACAAAAAGGAAGAUUCUCUGCGAGGAACCCCUGCGAGGCAGAGUAAGCGGAGUGAAAGUGUGGACAGCCUCGGGGGCUUGUCUCCCACAGAGAUCACUGCGAUCCAGUGCAAGAACAUUCCCGACUACCUCAACGACAGGACCGUUCUGGAGGACCACUUUGGCAAGAUCGCCAAGGUGCAGCGCAUCUACACCAGGCGCAGCAAGAAGCUCGCAGUGGUGCAUUUUUUUGAUCAUGCAUCCGCAGCCCUUGCUAAAAAGAAGGGAAAAAGUUUGCAUGGAGACAUGAGUAUAUUUUGGCACAAGAAGAAAAUAAGUCCCAGCAAGAAGCCUUUUGCUCUGAAGGAGAAGCAGCCAGGUGAUGGUGAAGCCAGCCAGGGCUUGGAGGAAGUCCCCUUUCAGCAUUCACCCCUCAUCAAGCCUGUGGUGAGGACUGCAGGAGGCGGCCUUCUCAGUAAAAGCUCCCCAGUGAAGAAGCAGGGUCUCCUGAAAGCCCACCCAUUUGAGGGAGACCCUUUCGACUCUGGGUCCGAGGGCUCGGAAGGCCUGGGGCCCUGCGUGUCAUCGCUAAGUGCCCUCAUUGGCACCGUGGCUGAGACGUCAGAGGAGAAGUACCGCCUGCUUGACCAGAGGGACCGAAUCAUGCGCCAAGCUCGAGUGAAAAGAACUGACCUGGACAGAGCGCAGACGUUCGUGGGGACCUGCCCUGACAUGUGUCCCGAGAAGGAGCGCUACAUGCGGGAGACCCGGAGCCAGCUGAGUGUGUUUGAAGUGAUCCCAGGCACUGACCAGGUGGACCAUGCGGCAGCGGUGAAGGAGUACAGCCGCUCCUCCGCCGACCAGGAGGAGCCCCUGCCACAUGAGCUGCGGCCCUCGGCCGUGCUCAGCAGGACCAUGGACUACCUGGUGACGCACAUCAUGGACCAGAAGGAGGGCAGCCUUCGGGACUGGUACGACUUCGUGUGGAACCGCACACGUGGCAUACGGAAGGACAUCACGCAGCAGCACCUCUGUGACCCUCUCACCGUGUCCCUGAUUGAGAAGUGUACCCGGUUUCACAUCCACUGUGCUCACUUCAUGUGUGAGGAGUCCAUGUCUUCCUUCGACGCCAAGAUCAACAACGAGAACAUGACCAAGUGCCUGCAGAGUCUGAAGGAGAUGUAUCAGGACCUGAGGAGCAAGGGCAUCUCCUGUGCCAGUGAGGCCGAGUUCCAGGGCUACAAUGUGCUGCUCAACCUCAACAAGGGGGACAUCCUCAGAGAGGUGCAGCAGUUCCAUCCUGCUGUUAGGAACUCCGCUGAGGUGACGCUUGCUGUGCAGGCAUUUGCUGCCUUGAACAGUAAUAACUUUGUGAGGUUCUUCAAGCUCGUCCGGUCCGCGUCCUACCUGAACGCCUGUCUUCUGCAUUGCUACUUCAGUCAGAUCCGCAAGGAUGCUCUCCGGGCACUCAACAUGGCCUACACUGUGAGCACGCAGAGGUCCACGGCUUUCCCCCUGGACAGUGUGGUGCGCAUGCUGCUAUUCAGAGAUGGUGAGGAGGCCACGGAUUUCCUCAGCUACCAUGGCCUCACGGUUUCUGAUGGGUGUGUUGAGCUGAGCCGGUCUGCAUUCCUUGAACCAGAGGGAUUGUGCAAGGCCAAGAAGUCAGUGUUUAUUACCAGGAAGCUGAUGGUGUCAGUUGGGGAAGUUGUGAAUGGAGGACCAUUGCCCCCUAUCCCUCGACACACCCCCGUGUGUAGCUUCAACUCUCAGAACAAGUAUGUGGGGGAGAGUCUGGCAACAGAGCUGCCUGUCAGCACUCAGAGGCCCAGCCUGGACACAGCAAGUGGUGGGAGAGAAGAGGAGUGUGGCCCAGAGGCGGUGGUACCCACGCCUGGUGCCCUUCUGCAUCCCGUCCCUGCCUCUGUGCUCUCUUCACACCUGGCUGCAGUUCCAACAUUGACCCCAUCUGGGGCACCAGGCCUCUUCCAGUCCUCUCUGCAGGCUGAGCUGCUUCCUCCAAAGCCUGCACCUGUGUACUCUGACAUGGACCUGGCUCAGGUAGUGGAUGAGCUCAUCCAGGAGGCUCUGCAGAGGGACUGUGAGGACGUCGGCACGGCUGGGGCGGCUUAUGCAGCCGCUGCGCUUGGUGUUUCUAAUGCUGUUAUGGAAGAUGUGCUAAUGUCUGUGACCGUGGGCCUUCUGAGGAACAUGGCCGCUGAGGAGCUGACCAAGGAGCGGGAGAGGAGGGAGCAAGAGCAGCGGCGUGCGGAGGAGGAAAGGUUGAAGCAAGAGAGAGAGCUGGUGUUGACCCAGCUGAGCCAUAGCCUGGCUGCAGAGCUGGCAGAGUUGAUGGUGAGAGAGUGUGUGCAAGAAACCUGCUCCCAAGAGCUAAAGCUGGCAGCGGAGGCGGAACAGAGGGCCCGCGUGGCCCGCUGCUCUGAGGAUGUCUGUGCCCAUCUGGUGGACGCGUUUCUCGCAGAGGAAACUUUCCAGGUGGCCAGAGAGACGCUGCAGGAGCUGCAGUGCUUCAGCAAGUACCUGCAACGGUGGAGGGAAGCCGUUGCAGCCCGGAAGAAAUUGCGGCGCCAGAUGCGAGCCUUCCCAGCAGCCCCCUGCUGUGUGGACGCCACGGACCAGCUGCGGGCUCUGACACCCAGUGCUCAGUGCCCCAUUGCUGAGGGGAACCUGACCAAGGGCCUUCUGGACCUGGGCCAUGCAGGGAAAGUGGGCAUCUCCUGCAUCAGGUUGAGGCAGCUCCGGAGUAGGACAGCUCACCAGAUGAAGGUUCAACAUUUCCACCAGCAGCUGGUGAGUGAUGCUGCCUGGGCACCUCUGGACCUGCCGUCCCUUGUGGCUGAACACUUCCCUGGGAGCCAGGAGAACCUGUUUUGGAAGCUCGUGCUGGUGCUGCCUGAUGGGAGGGAGCAGCCUGCAGAGAGUCCUGGCAGAAAUCUGGCAAAUUGGUUAAAAGCCAAGUUCGUGGGCGAGGAUGGCUUGGUGGGCGACAUGUGCACUAAUGAUGAUGGGAUUCACACGCUGGCCCUGUUGAAUGCAUUCAGCAACAGGGGGUAUCAGACAGUUUCUGUGCGUGUGUGUAUAAAGGUAGCCCACGGCACCCUCAGUGACCAGGCCCUCAACACAGUGGAGAUGCAGAAGGACCUCCUGGGAGCCAGCGGGCUCCUGCUGCUGCUCCCCCACAAAGUGAGAAGUGAGGACGUGGCCGAGGAAGACGUGUACUGGCUGUCGGCAGUGUUGCAGCUCCGGCAGCUCCUGCAGGCCAAGCCCUUAGAGCCUGCACUUCCACUGGUGGUUCUGGUGCCCAGCCCAGGAGGGGAGACCAUGGAGAAGGAAGUGGAGGAAGGUCUCAUGCUGCAGGAUUUGAUUUCAGCUAAGCUGGUCUCUGAUUACACUAUUGUGGAAAUCCCUGGCUGUAUCUGUGAUUUACAAGGCACGGCAAAGGUGUCGCAGGCCGUACAGUGGCUAGUCCACCGCUGCCCCCAUGCCGUUGACCUCUGCUGCCAGACGCUCAUUCAGUACGUCGAGGAUGGGCUCAGCCGUGAGUUCAGUGGCCGGUUUUUUCAUGACAGAAGAGAGAGACGUUUGGGUGGCCUGGCCUCACAGGAGCCGGGCCCCAUCAUCGAGCUGUUCAACAGUGUGCUGCAGUUCCUGGCAUCUGUGGUGUCCUCGGAGCAGCUGUGUGACCUGUCCUGGCCAGUCACAGAGUUUACCGAGUCAGGAGGCAGCCGGCUGCUUCCUCACCUGCACUGGAACAACCCAGAACAUCUGGCUUGGCUGAAGCAGGCUGUGCUCGGGUUCCAGCUUCCCCACAUUGACCUUCCGCCUCCUGGGGCGCCCUGGCUUCCUGUGUGCACCAUGGUUAUCCAGUAUGCCUCCCAGACCUCCAGCUCACGCCACACGCAGCCUGUGCUCCAUUCUCAGGUGGAGAGCCUGCUGCGCAGGACCUACAGCAGGUGGAGGAGCAGGAGCCCAGUCCCCGCCCGGGGUGCAGGGCCCUCAGUUGCCGAGAUCCCGUGGGACGAUGUCCUCGCCCUGUGUAUCAACCACAAGCUGAGGGACUGGACGCCGCCCAGGCUCCCCGUCACAGCAGGAGCUGUGAGUGAAGAUGGUCAGAUAUGUGUAUACUUUUUUAAAAACCAUUUGAAUAAAUAUGAUGUUCCUCUUUCAUGGGAACAAGCCAGAUUGCAGACACAGAAGGAGCUACAGCUGAGUCAAGGCAGUUUGGGGAUGAAAUCUUUUCAUCCCUCUCCCAACAACUUUCCUGCCCCGUUGUUUCACGUUCAUCCAAGGAAGAGGAGCGCAGAGCGCGGCCGAGAGGGUAGGGGCGCCAGCGCGGAGGAGCUGCUGCGUGGAGCUUCUGCUGAGGAGCUGCUGGUGCAGUGUCUCUCGAGCAGCCUGAUGCUGGAGAAGGAGGAGAACCAGAGAUUUCAGGAUCAGCUUCAGCAGUGGCUGUCUGAUGACUCCGAAGCAUUUAGAGACUCAACCUCACUUCCUCUCUGCCUUCCUCAGUCAGUCAGACCCGUGGGGACAGUGUCGGUAACCGCCAGCCUACAGAAUGAAAGGCCUGGGGAGCAACCGCAGCUGUCAGAGGUGACAGGCACUUCACUGAGCGAGCGGCUGAGGCACCUGAAACGGUUGAUCCGGAGCACCAAGGAAGAGGAGGCGGCCUCCCAACUGCGAUUGUUAGCACUCUUGGACAUGGUGGACAUUUGAACAUCCUGACGGGAUGGGUAGGGGUCUCCCCAGAAGAUGUCUCCGUGGACUUGAUGAUGUUCUCAGAUGCUUGAUGCACUCUUGGAAAUGUGGUGACUAAUCAUGCAGCAAAUAAUUUACAUGCCUAAUGAGCUUUCCCCCAGGCUUUAGAACAAAAACCUGCUUCCCCCGUAGCACCCUCAUCCUCUGGUCUGUUUACUUCUUCCAAGUACGUUGGCAAUGUGCAUAUGUUGUUGCAUGUGUCUGCACUUGGUUCCUGUAGAAACCAUUUCCUUCAUAUAGCCUAGAGCAGAUGCUCUGUGUCCCCAUGGCCAGGCUGGGGCCUGCAGCUCAGCCUGUGUACCGCUCUAUGGCAGGGACGAGAUCACUUGAGCCAUUACUGCAGUGGCAGAAGGCUGUCGUUGAGAGCUGAACCGGCCACCACAGCAUGGGACACAGCUGUCCUCAGAGUAGGCUGAGAGCGUGCUUGCUAUCCACCAGGUGUAACGUAUUCCCAAGGCCCGGGUUCUUGUCCUAGCUCUGUUGUCCAAUCCAGUUUUAUACAGUGUUGGCUGAAGUUGCAUAUAGCGUCAAGUAGGACUAUAUUUACUGUUUGUUGUUGAGCCCUUUGUUGAUUUAUGAUUCUGCAAGGCAAAAUAAAUUACAUAUUUGAUGAAUAGUAUGCAUA